AUGAGGAGGCCUCUUGGGCUAGCCCCCCAACCACCUCCACAACAGGGGCCACAAAGACCCAACCACCUCCACAACAGGGGCCACAAAGACCCAACCACCUCCACAACAGGGGCCACAAAGACCCAACCACCUCCACAACAGGGGCCACAAAGACCCAACCACCUCCACAACAGGGGCCACAAAGACCCAACCACCUCCACAACAGGGGCCACAAAGACUCAACCACCUCCACAACAGGGGCCACAAAGACCCAACCACCUCCACAACAGGGGCCACAAAGACCCAACCACCUCCACAACAGGGGCCACAAAGACCCAACCACCUCCACAACAGGGGCCACAAAGACCCAACCACCUCCACAACAGGGGCCACAAAGACCCAACCACCUCCACAACAGGGGCCACAAAGACCCAACCACCUCCACAACAGGGGCCACAAAGACUCAACCACCUCCACAACAGGGGCCACAAAGACCCAACCACCUCCACAACAGGGGCCACAAAGACUCAACCACCUCCACAACAGGGGCCACAAAGACCCAACCACCUCCACAACAGGGGCCACAAAGACCCAACCACCUCCACAACAGGGGCCACAAAGACCCAACCACCUCCACAACAGGGGCCACAAAGACCCAACCACCUCCACAACAGGGGCCACAAAGACCCAACCCCCUCCACAACAGGGGCCACAAAGACCCAACCACCUCCACAACAGGGGCCACAAAGACUCAACCACCUCCACAACAGGGGCCACAAAGACUCAACCACCUCCACAACAGGGGCCACAAAGACCCAACCACCUCCACAACAGGGGCCACAAAGACCCAACCACCUCCACAACAGGGGCCACAAAGACCCAACCACCUCCACAACAGGGGCCACAAAGACCCAACCACCUCCACAACAGGGGCCACAAAGACCCAACCACCUUGUCAGUUGA